CAAAAUAUUUUAAAUUUCAAAUUAAUUUUCAAAAUCAAGUCUUUAACUUAAUAUUUUGGACUGUUUAGAAAAGGUCAUAACUCCGGCUCUUCUAGAAACUUUUCAACCGCCCUUAUUCCUCCGUCAACAACCACUGAGCUCCGCCGCACCGUCGUCUCCGCCGUCCAAUUCACCGGCGAUCUGUACAGGUUCCACCGUUUCGAUUAUCGCAUUUAGGUUAAUUUACACUUAUGAACGUCCAUAUCUGUUUACACUCUCUCGAAUCGUCAGUUUUUGUGCCCUAGCUGAUACUUUAGCGUAAUUAUAACUGUGUGUGUUGAAUGUCGGAUUCUCCGGUGAAUUCCGUGACGGAUUGUGAUGUUUCCGAGUCGGAAUCACGACCGGUGUUAGGUCCUGCAGGUAAUAAGACGAGAUCAGUUGCGGAAUUGCGUAAACCGGUUGUAAAACCUAAAACCGGUUGUAAACCGGUAGGAAAACUGGAGGAAGUUGUUAAGAAAUCUCCGUCGCCAGUAACUGUGGCGGUUAAUUUGAGACGUAAGGAUUCUAAAUCAAUAACGCCUGUUCCGAUUUUGAGACAUAAGGAUUGUAAGGUGUUGAGGUCAAAUUUGCCGAUGAAUGCAUCGUGCUCGUCGGAUGCUUCGUCUGAUUCGUCGCACAGUCGAGUGUCGGUUGGGAGGAUUAGUAGAAGGAGUGUGACGCCGGUUCGGGGGAAGCAGUCUGGUGGUUUGAAAACUGGAGAGAAUGAUUUGAAAAUAGGUGCAAAAAUAGGAAAAUGUGAAAGUGGUUCAAGAGGUGGAAAAGUUGAAAGUGUUGGUGUGGAGAGUGAUGGUUGUUUGGAGGCUUCGGCUGAUGGUUCGCCUGGACGGAAGAGAUGUGCUUGGAUAACGGCUAAUACUGAUCCUUCUUAUGCUGCUUUCCAUGAUGAAGAAUGGGGAGUGCCGGUACAUGAGGACAAGAAAUUGUUUGAAUUGCUCAGUUUAUCAACCGCUUUAGCUGAACACACAUGGCCCACUAUUCUCAACAAAAAACAUUUAUUUAGGGAAGUAUUUCAUGGGUUUGACCCUGUUACUGUCGCAAAGUUGAAUGAUAAGAAAAUAUCUGCACCUGGAUACCCUGCGACUUCUCUUCUUUCAGAAGUGAAAUUACGGGGAAUCAUCGAAAAUGCUCGUCAAGUUUGUAAGAUAGCCGAUGAGUUUGGGUCUUUUGACAAGUACAUAUGGGGGUUCAUAAACCAUAAGCCAAUAGUGAACAAAUUCCGCUACCCCCGCCAAGUACCAAUCAAAACAUCAAAAGCAGAUUCAAUAAGCAAAGACUUGGUCAAACGCGGUUUCCGAGGCGUGGGGCCCACAGUCGUUUACUCGUUUCUACAAGUUGCCGGGCUGACUAAUGACCAUCUCGUAAGUUGCUUUAGGUUCAAUGAAUGUGUAGAUGCGGGACCCACAAAGGAUGUAUCAGACGACUCUGGUCAAAAUGGUAGAUUCGAGAAUGGAAACGGGUUGGGGCUAACGAGUGUUAUUGAUGAAUUGCGUUUAUCGGGUGAGUGAUUGGCUAGGCGGGGGCCUCUUUUGUAAUGUAAUAUGGAAAGACUUGAGUUUAUGUAUACAAAUUGUUUGUAUUAAUGGUGUUUGUAGGUUGUGAGAAUGCUUAUUCUUUA